AAACGGAACCGGAAGUGUUCGCGAGCUGUAGUCACACAUCCAGAAUAGCAGUCGGAGAAUCUAGAGUUUUAACAACAUUUUGGCCGAGUAGAGUUACUAAUGACUUAAUUAUUACAUCGGCGCACUUGCAGUGGGCUGCGUGUCGUCGGUCUGGAUCUGUUGGCACAUCCGGAGCUGUAAUUAGUUGAGGGAAGAUGCAACAGGUCCCGUACGGAUCUGUGGAUCGAGACAAGCCUCUCAUCCGUGUGCCUUUCACCCGGUUAGCGGUGAUCACGGUGUGCCUGCCUCUGCUCGGCCUCAUCGCCUGCAUCGUGCUGGCUGUCCUCUACCACUACAAUGAUGCGACCUACACACACUGCCAGGUUCCUAACUACCUCCCAUCCAUCAGCGCGGCCAUUAGUCUGACACCAGAGCGCUACAUCUGGCGUUUCAGCAUCGGCCUGCAUUCUGCCCCGCGCUUCCUGGUGGCAGCCGCAUAUUUGAGCUUUUACCACGGACGCUUUUCCAAGAGGUUGAUGGAGCAGCUUUUGAGUGGCCUCACAUUCCUCUUAGCUUUAAGUGAAAAUAUAGGACUGCUUCUGCUCACCUACGUCUCCUCCAAUGAGACCUACAGUGUCCAUAAGAGCGGCUUCAUCUUGUUUAUCGGCAGCUCCCUGGUCCACAUGUUGUGCACCUGCAAGCUGUGGUCCUUGAUAGCGAAGUAUUCCCUCAGUUCAGAGGAGAUGAUGUCAUACCGCCAGAAGUUCCGCCUCUUCCUCUUCAACGGUUUCUUCUGUCUGUUGGCUGCCUACUUCUACAAGCGGCACAACACUUACUGUGAAGCAGGAAUUUACACGUUGUUUGCUCUGUGUGAGUAUCUGGUGGUGCUGUCCAACAUGGCCUUCCACAUGACUGCCUACUGGGACUUUGGAGGUAAGGAGGUGAUGGUUGCAACACCUCCAGAGGGAAAGCGCUUCUGACACAGGAAGUGAUUACUUGCAUCAUCUCCUUGAGACACUAGGGCUCUGCGGGCGGCACUCAUGCUGAUUCAGGGUCGACACUGAUCGAGCAAUGCAUGAAUGUGUAGAAAGAGACUGUUUACAUCUUGACACAUGGUUUUUUAACUCGCUUCAAAAAAUGACAGAUGUCGUUUCAAAGAUCAUCGUCAGUGGUGUGCUACAAUUUGAACCGUUCCAUUGUUUAUUCAGGUGGACUUGGAACGGCUGAUUAUGUCCUAGUCAAAUACAUUUUUUACUUAGUGUGUGCCAUGUCUGUCUCUUUCUAAUGGGUUUGUCAGGGUCAUACAUCGGUUUCACUCAAACUUUAAUAUAUGUGCUUAUUGUUUGUCCAUAUUUCCAAAUGUAACAGUAAUUGAAGUCUGAGGAGUGAUGAUGGAUUUGAUGAUGGUUUGCAGCUGCUGUGUCACAAGCUUCUACACACUGACUGCUGGUACUACUGAAAGACAUUGGCUUCAGCCACACCACACAUUUCUCUUUGUAAACGCUAAUGUAAAUCAUGUCAAAAGUCAUUCUAAACUGCCUUUUGCACAGCAUUUCUUGCGUACCUUCUAUAGGGGCUAGAGAGCAUUGUGAAGUUUGUACAUAUUUUAUAGUGCAGUUAUUGAUCAUGAACGACAUGGGCUCUUAGUGCACAAUUCAUUGCCAUUGGUUGAAUGUGAAAACUGCUACAGUGCAAUAUGACAUGUGACCCCUGUCAUAGAUCACCCGAGAUGUUGUCAACAUGACUGCAUAUAAUAAUGCUUUUUAUGAUGUACCAAAAAUACUGUUUUUAAAUCGGUGUCAAAAUAAAUAUUUGGAUGAAAAGUAAA